UAUCCAGCAUCCGCGCGCCCUGCACGACCCUAUAUCGAUCUUUCUGCAGAUUUCCCGUUUUCGAAUAAAGACCACGGAGCCAGGUGCGCGCGUGGUCAGAGUCGCGUCAACCAAGUUGUUCAGUCUUGAUGAGUCUUGAGUCGCUGUGUCAGCUGUAACGAUGUCGGUUGGACGUUUAGUUCGGCCACUGCCUUGCUCUACUGUACCUUGAUUGAAAAAUAGGAGGAGAAUAUAUGAAUAGCCCUCGACAAGUUUACGUGGCAUAUAUUUCCUCGAUCGUGUAUUCCAUGAGUCUAUCUCCAGCGGUCUGAUAGACACGAUUUGUAUCCAUUUGUGUCAGGGCAUGAUCACGAAAAUCGAUCACAUGUUUAUACGCUUCUGCACCUUCUUCAGUGGGUGUGUCUAUUUUUUUUUCACCGUAAUGGACCUGGCAUACAUUAAUUAGGGUGGAGAGAGAAAGAUGCAGUGGCAAGCACAUGGCCGUGCCAUGUAUAUAUUAAAUCAUGAGAGUUGAGAGAGGGGCCAAGCAAGCCAAAUGGACGUGUGGACGCAUCCACGCAAAUGCAUUCAAGACGCAAAUUUGCUCCCGAAAUAUGUCUCCAUGAACAGCGCGGUUAGUUUGUGUCAGGCCGCUCGGCUGGGGACAUAAGCAUAUUUCAACCGCACAAAUACAAACGAUCAUUUUACGUCCGUUUGGGUCGGACCAAGAUGCCCUGAUGUCCAUCUCUACAAAUUCUAUUUGGGUUUCAUGUGUCGUCGUUGAGUCUACGUGCUAUUCUUGGAUAAAGAUCAUGUAUGCAUCUAGCCUCGGACAAAACCCCAAAUUUGUUAGUGUACGACCCUAUUUUCCGCACCGACGUGGGAUGGAGCGGCAAUUUGCCCGCAUCCGCCCUCCUGGUGGGCGGGCUCAGGUAAUUCUUCUUGAGUUUUCUCCUUUUCUAAGUUAUUAGUUUUUCUUUAAUAAUAUUUAAAAACAAAAUUUUAGGAUUUUUAGCAACAAAUUUGUUAAGAUUAAAAAAACAUACAAAUCUAAAAAAAUUAUAAAUACCCAUGUUUUAAAAUGUUCAUCUCUUUUAAGAAUAAUAUUUAAAAAAUCUUAAGAAAUAAAAUGUUCAUAUUUAAAAAUAUUAAAAUUUUCAGAAUUGUCGGGACUUUCAAUCAAAAAAGGGAAACAAAAAAGAAAAGAGAGAAAAAACAGGAAAAAGAAAAACCAAAAGAAAACCAACAAAAAUAGUGAGGAACCAAAAGAAACAAGAGAACCAGAACCUUCCUAGAAAGGCAAACCGAGAUCCCCUCCCUCGCUACAAAUUUAAAGAUAACAUUGAUGAGAUUUUUAUAGGUCUAAACUGCUUCAUGGAAUCGGCUCCCUUAACUUUAGGGAUCAACAAGAUAAUCUAGAGUCUAGCUACGCAUAUGUACGCACGCACCGUCCUGGAUUGGAUGCGCUAACCUAAUCUAUCUACUCCAUGCAACAAGAACAACAACAAGAACAACAACAAAAACAAAACAAAAAACAUAAAAAAAUCUAUAUAGGACGGUCGACACGCAGAGCGCUGACGCGGCGCGACGGUACGUGCUAAGCCCCACGUGUUCAGCCACUCAUCACUCUCUCGGUGUUCCACGUCAGUGGUUAUCUCUGCAUGCUCUCCGGGAGAUUGGAGACUGGCAGCAGAGAACGAGAAUGGUGGCUGAGCUGAUGAGCUGAGACCGAUCCCCGUUCGCUCGCGCAUGCCUUACUACUCCUCCUGCUCGGUCGCGGCGCGUGGCGCUCUCUCGCUCCGGCACCUCACCGUGGCCGCCGUGCAGGUCCCGGCGCUGCUCUGCCUCGAGGCCAUGCUCUGGGCCGUCGCCUUCCUCACCUUCCCCUUGCGCGUCCUCGCCGCCGCCGACAGAGAGCGCAAGCUGGACCGGCUGCUGGGCGAGAUGCAGGGGCAGAUGGAGAGGGUGGUGCGGGAGAACGGGGACCUGGAGCAGAAGCUGCGGGCGGCGCUCAAGGAGCAGGCGGCCAUGGAGGAGAUCCUCGACGAGAUGGAGGAGGAGCAGGAGGACGCCUUCGCCAGGAUCGAUUUGCUAGAGAGCCAGGUCAGGGCUCUGAAGAAGGAGAACACGCGUCUCAAUGAGCACAAAGGCAAGUCCAUGUGGGACAAGGCGGCAGCUGUUGCUGGCCAGGCCGUCGUCACCGGCGGUGGAAAGGCCGAGGACGACAACCGCGCGGCGAAAGCGUGGGAUAUCGCCGGGGAAGACGAGAAGGAGGUGGCCGUCGUCUUAUCCGGCACCUCCCCGCCGUCGAUCUUGGACUUGGAGGCGGUGGAACGGGAGGCCCGGCGGAUGGAGGUGGCGGCCCGGCGGCGGAGCCUGUUCAGCGUGGGCAUGUCGCUGGCGGUGGGCGGGAUCGCGUGGUCGGCGGACGCGCCGUGCCUGCCGCUCCUCGCGGGGCUCCUCACCGUCGUCGGCAUGUCCAUGUGCAGCGUCGCGCGCCUCUUCCGAGCGCGCAGGCCGCUGGCGUCCGCCACCUCCGGCUCCGGCGCCGUGGCGCUGCUGAGCCUCAACUGGUUCUUGCUCGGGGUGCUCACGUACCCGAUGCUCCCGGGCGUGGCGCGGGUUGUGGUGCCGCGCGCCGCGCGCCUCGCCGGCCCUGCCAUCGCCUGGUUCGCUGUCGCUGCACCCGUCUGAGAGUGGCGACAUCUGUUCAUCCAUGCGUCCUGUUCUUGAGACCGUGGGCGGCGACACAGUUACUGGUGUGACUCGCUAUAGCAAAACCUAGUACUGCGCCAAAGUUCCAUAUUAGUUGUCGCACUUAACACACCUGAAUGAGCCCCUUGAAAUAAAGCAAUGCCGUGAUGCACAGGCUGGGGCUUAACUCUCGUUUCGAAAAAUGUACUGAAUGAGCAACAACUAAUACUCUAGCUAAAUUUUGUUCCUACCAGCAAAAAACAGAUG